AUGGCGCAGCAGCCACGUGCCAAGCGCAUUUGCACCAGGCGCUCGGCGACGACGACGAUUACUCCAGACACCAAAUCGCAGCCAGCUCUUCUCCGCCUGCCGCGAGAGCUACGCGACAACAUCUACGAGUACUAUGUCAGUGCGGAUGGCGGUUACAUCUACGACCCCGAUAAGGAUUGUCUCAAGCAAGCCGACGGCUCACCUAUAUCGCUCUCGUUGGCUCGCGUGAACCAUCAACUCAGAUCUGAGCUAGCAGGCCUUCCUUUCCAGCUCAACGGGAUUACAUUCACCUCCGCUUUCUCAGAGGCCAACCGAGAGAGUGCAGCGAUCCACGAAUGUCUCGUCUCCUGGGUUAUGUCCGAAAAGCUAUUUGUGGUUCAAACCAUGCUAUCGGAGCUGCUCACUUCCGAAAUGGCGCAGACCAUCGCGACAGCGUAUCCUCGGUUCGCGCCUUUCGUCGAUGAGUGGACGCCGGGCUCACAUGAUGAUCACAUCAGGCUGAGCGCGAUGGAGGGUAGCUUCGGUGAAGCUCGCUCAAUUUGGAACGAUUUCAUCCACUGCGUCUAUGUUCAGUUGAUAGGACACAUCGACUUUGGUUUUAAGGCCUCAGGAGAGGAAGACUACUACUUGGAUAUUUUUCAUGGCGAGGAUUUUGACAUGCGUCGAGCAUUGGCGUUGGGCAGACAUCACCCAGAUCCGUGGACAAUCCUCAACGACAUUGAGAUGAAGAAGCUGGCGCUAAUCAACCGAUUCAAGCACAAAGUGCCCUACUAUCUUCUGUGGGCUAUCUUCAGAACGAGCUUCAAGUAG